AUGUACCCCCCAUACCCACCGGACCUCAACCCAGCGCAGAAAGAAUACCUCCUCUCGAACCUCAAGGACUGGUCAAUCGCCCAUGGAUUAGCAGUACGACCAGCACCAUCCUAUGUAUCCCCAGAACAGGAUCCCGCUGGAGCGCUGGCGACGACUGCGCCGGUGACGACCUUCCCGAGCUUGUUUCCAAGGGUGUGUUUCGAGCAGGCGAGGUCGGUGGCCAGGGCGUAUAAUGAGCUCUACUCGGCCAUUGCUGGCGAUGAGGGAUGGUUGAGGGGGAUUGUUGAGGAACUUGUGGAGAUCGACGACUUCAUGGCUGGUCUCUGGAAAGUACAUCUUGCUGUGAAGGAAGAGGGAUACGCUCAGUCCCUUGCCUUGGGCCUCUUUCGAUCCGACUACAUGGUUCACGUAGACCAGUCCAAUGCCUCAAAACCAUCUGUCAAGCAGGUGGAGUUCAACACCAUUGCUUCGUCUUUCGGCGGUCUCUCAAGUCAGGUAUCCGGUCUUCAUCAACAUCUACUUGCAAUCGAUGCAUACCCAGACGAGCUUUCUUCCUUGAUCAACACUUCAUCUCUUCCUGGGAGCAGCUCUGUGCCAUCUUUAGCAAAAGGCAUGGCCAAAGCACACGAAGCGUAUGGACCAUCAGCCGAUGGUUUCUCUACCUGCGUGCUCUUCCUCGUGCAAGAUCCCGAGCGAAACGUCUUCGAUCAACGACACCUGGAAUACGCAUUAAACAACAAUCACGGCGUGCGUACCUUCCGCAUACUAUUCGACCGGGUGCUUCAGGAAACGAAGCUCGACAAGAAUAGAAAGCUCAUUUACACACCACCUCACACUCCCAGCAAGCAAUACGAAGUCACCGUGGUCUAUUUCAGAGCAGGCUACACGCCAUCAGAUUACAAGGAUCAAUCGCACUGGGAUGCGAGGCUGCAGAUCGAACGCAGCGCGGCCAUCAAGUGUCCCACGGCACUGACUCAGCUGGCCGGAACGAAGAAGGUCCAACAGGUGCUGGCCACGCCGCACUCGCCCCAUCUGGCACGUUUCCUGCCAGACCAGCAGCAGGCGGCGGCGGUACUGGAGACGUUUGCACCCAUCUACCCGCUCGACAAGAGCGAAGCUGGUAACGAAGCGCGCAAGCUGGCGAUCGAUCCCGCAAGCGCGACCCGCUAUGUGCUGAAGCCGCAGCGGGAGGGCGGCGGUAACAACAUCUACCGCAAGGCGAUUCCGGGGUUCCUGAAAGAUUUGCCUGAGUCGCAUUGGCCGGCGUACAUUCUGAUGGAGAUGAUCGAGCCGCCCGCGCAGAGCAAUACCAUAUUCCGCAAUGGCGAGUUACAGAGUGGCGGCGUCAUCUGCGAGCUGGGGAUCUAUGGGGCCUGUGUGUGGAACACUGGCGCCAAUGGUAAGAGGGAUAUCCUGGAGAAUUUCGAGGCAGGCUAUUUAUUACGCACCAAGGGCGACCAGAGUGAAGAGGGCGGCGUGGCAGCAGGGUUUGGAGCCGUAGAUAGUCCAUGCCUCGUGGAUGUCUAG